UCGCUUGCAGUUGCUAGAGAAAAGGGACAUGUUAGAGGCUGGUAGGGCCGCGGGAGCGUACGUCUAGACAGGAUAGCGGACACCCUUUCAGAGAUGGGCUACCUUGCCCUAAGAAGAAGGAAACGAAUUUGAACGGUGUAGCUACAACUUGGGCUUAGUAUGGUGUUUAUGGAUGGUCGUAUGCAGGAGUUAUUUAAUGUUUAAAAUGUGGGAGAUGGUGGCGUUACCGAGAGCGAGCUCUCCCUUCCUGUCGUCUUGGACAAGAUGGCAGCAAUGCAGGCGAACUGUGCAUGAUAUGGAUUUAUAAGUCCAUAACAUGUUCAGAGAAGCCCUGGAUUAUAUUUAUGGUGACUCUAUGUGAAGGUAUGGCCUCACAAGUCUUGGUCUACCCACCACACAUUUAUCAAACCCAGACAAGUGCCUUUAGCAGUGUGAAGAAACUUAAAGUUGAGCCCAGCAGUUGUGUGUACCAUGAGAGGGCACACCCCCGGACUUAUCUGAACAGCAGAACCCUUGGCAUUGUGCACACAACGAAACAAGCCCACUCGUUUGUGAAGCGAGACUUAGCAGUGGGUGUGAAAGUACGUGGAGGACAAGAGUAUCCAGUGCAGACGGUGGUGGUGCGUGGCGUACAGAGACAACAGCCAGGUAGAAGAGGAGGAGGCGGAGGACCAGGCCCAGCUGCAGCCCAGCAGCAGCAGGACACAGGGGCUGUCCACUCGCAGGGCAAGGAGCAGCAGCAAACAGACACAGGAAGUGGGGGCAGCAGUGGAGCAGCAGGGGCAGGAGGAGGGGGAAGGGGAGAGGGCUGCGGUGGACAAGGUGAGAAAGGCAGGGAGGAGGAGGAGGGUGACAGAGACGAGAACUGUGGAGGUUUGAACUCAGCAGACAGCUCUCAGCGAUGUGGGCUGAAACGUAAAAGUGAGGAGUUGGAUAACCGAGGGAGCACCAUGCAGAUUGUGGAGGAACUGUCAAUGUUGCCUGCCAUGUUGCAAACGACGAAUGUGGGGAACACGGCCGUGACUGCACCUGCGGUAGUAGGGGCUGGAGGGGGCCCGUCUAAACAGGUUGCGGGGCCUGGGGGUGUAGGUGCAGCAGGAGGGACGGGAGGAGGGGAUGGGGACUAUCAGGUAGUACAACAUGAAGUCCUAUGUUCUAUGAAGAAUACUUAUGAAGUGCUGGAUUUCUUGGGACGUGGCACAUUUGGCCAGGUUGUAAAGUGCUGGAAGAGGGGCACAGGUGAGGUAGUGGCUGUGAAGAUGCUGAAGAACCACCCUUCAUAUGCACGGCAGGGUCAAAUCGAAGUCGGCAUCCUUGCUCGUCUGAGUGGGGAGAAUGCAGAUGAGCACAACCUGGUGCGAGCCUUUGAAUGCUUCCAGCACCGCAGCCAUACCUGCCUGGUGUUUGAGAUGCUUGAGCAAAACCUGUAUGAUUUUCUGAAGCAGAAUAAGUUCAGCCCUCUGCCCCUGAAAGUGAUCAGACCUGUGCUACAGCAGGUAGCUACAGCUCUGAAAAAGCUGAAGAGCAUGGGCCUGAUUCAUGCAGACCUGAAGCCAGAGAACAUAAUGCUGGUGGACCCAGUGAGGCAACCAUACAAGGUGAAAGUGAUAGACUUUGGCUCAGCCAGUCACGUGUCCAAAGCAGUGUGCUCCACGUACCUCCAGUCUCGGUACUAUAGGGCUCCAGAGAUUAUUUUGGGAUUGCCGUUUUGUGAAGCCAUAGACAUGUGGUCCCUAGGCUGUGUGAUAGCUGAACUUUUUCUGGGAUGGCCACUUUACCCUGGGGCCCUGGAGUAUGACCAGAUUCGUUACAUUUCUCAGACACAAGGUUUGCCAGGAGAACGUCUAUUGAACGCAGGGACAAAGACGCUGCGGUUCUUUUGCAGAGAGUCCGACUCACUUUAUGCACCAUGGAGACUAAAGUCAACAGAGGAGCAUGAGACAGAGACGGGAAUGAAAUCAAAGGAAGCAAGGAAGUAUAUCUUCAGCUGUUUGGAUGACAUAGCGCACGUGAACUUGGUGAUGAAUCUGGAAGGUAGUGACUUGCUAGCAGAGAAGGCAGACCGUCGAGAGUUUGUGGGCCUGCUGAAGAAGAUGCUGUUGAUUGAUGCAGAGGAGAGGAUUGCCCCCAUUGAAGCUCUCAGCCACCCCUUUGUGACAAUGCAACACCUGCUCGACUUUCCUCAUAGCAACCAUGUGAAGUCAUGUUUCCACAUCAUGGAUGUUUGCUGGACUCGUCCCAGUGCAUAUGAGGCGGUGAACAGAAAUAAAGGUCCUUUUGUUAGACCUGUGACAACAACCGCUGCUGCCUCAGUCAACCAUCCCUUCAACAAGAUGGCCGGUGUUCACACACAAGGGUUAGCCCCAUCAGCCCCCUCUGUAAUGCACCCUGGAAUACCACUGCAGACAGGAAGUGGUCAGUUUGGAUGCAACGAUUCAUUUCAGCAGGCCCUCAUUCUGUGUCCCCCAACUAUUCAAGGAAUCCCCAACAACGCAGCCAAGCCAGCAGGCUACUCUGUUCGAAUGGAGGCGUCUGUGCCUCUGGUCACUCAAGCACCCCCCAUCCAGCCUAUACAAAUCAGACCUGGAGUCAUCACACAGGCCUGGUCCAACCGUGCACAGCAGAUUUUGGUACCCACUUGGCAGCAGGUAACAUCAGUGCCCCCACCACCAACCACGCUGGCAUCUGAAACUGUGGCAGGCUCACAGAGAUUGGGUGACUGGGGGAAAGUGCGUCCUCAUGGUAACCAUUACAGCUCCAUGAUUGCACACCCUCAGCCAUUCCUAGCCAACCAAAUAACAAUGUCCACCCACCAGCCAAUCAACAUAGGCAUUGCACAUGUGGUGUGGCCACAGCCAGCUGCCAAUAAGAGAGCUAGGCCUUGUGUGAACAGGGGCAGUAACUUCUCCCAAAACAUGAACAUCCAAAAUUUAUCAUGCCAGUCCCCAAAGAUGGCCGAUACAGCAAAGAAUGUGGAGGAGGUAGAUGAGGAGAAAGCCAGAUGCCCAGAGGAAGGGAACGCUGUUGGAGAGGUGCAAAGAACAGAGCAGGUGGAGGGCAACUGCUGUAAGGUGGAGCCACACAGAGAGGAGCUUUCAGUUUCACAGGAGCUGCGCCAGGCCAUGGUGAUCUCUGACCUUGUUAGCCCGACUGUUAGUGUCAUCAGUAUCAGUAGUGACGAGGAGGAGAGCCCACAAAGACAUUCGAUGGGGGAAUGUAAGGGUAGUGCAGAUUGUGAGGCAUGUCAGAGCACUGUUAGUAUGGAGAGAGUCUGUUCCCUCAGUAGUCCAGACAGCACACUCAGCACCAGCUCCUCAGCCUCAGCCCAAUCCAGCACCUCACCCUGCAAGCACCCAAACAGUAUGUCAGACGACGAACAGGAGAGUGGUUGUGACACAGUGGACAGCUCGCCUGCCUCAGACACCUCUGGCCAUAGCAACAGUCCCUUCUCAGAGCGACGCUAUGUCGCUGACAGCAACCAGAACUGUGAGCCCCGUGUUGCUUGUGUUGCCCCGGAGACCGAGCCCAGCAAGCCAACGGUUCGUACCGUUGUGGUGCCUCCAAUGAGGGUGCAGAACAACAACAACAACAACCCCGCUGUCAGUGAAACACCUGGCAACACAGUCUUAGAGCCUUCAUGCCAGUCCAAAGGGCGAGCCAUUCCUGGGCGACAUCACCACUCCACUCCCCUCCUCAACAGGCCACAGAAGAUCGCCCCUGCAUUCCAGCCCCAGCAACAGCAGCCUAUGGGUUUUGGGCAGGUGCAGCAUUUUGGUUCCUGCCAUCAGGAAUGGAAUGGCAACUUUGCCCACCGGAGACCACAGGCUUAUAUCCCUCCCACCAUGCAUGGGCACACAUUCGCCCUGUCCCACAGCAGCCCAAACCACUCUACAGGCCCCCACCCCCACCUUGGGGGACACCCACACUCCCAGGCCGCUUUAUUGUCCUAUCCCCCGUCUGGUCCGCUGGUCACGGCUGCACCCAUGGCCCACCUCCUGGCUUCGCCUGGAGCCUCCCACCCUGUCCUCCAGCCCACCUACAGCAUCCCCCACCCGGCAGGUGUCGUGCACCAGGUCGCAAUGGGCAUCAACCCCCGGCUGCUGCCCUCCCCCACUUUGCACCCCCAGGGCCAAUUCAAGCCCCUGUUUCCUCCGCACUCCUACAUUGCCUCUCCUGCCUACACCAGUUUCCCUCUCAGCCCUACCAAAAUAAACCAGUACCCAUACAUGUGAGCAUGGCUGCCCAGAUACCGUUCAUACCAUCUGAGGGCUAAAUGAGGAGGGUGAAUUCUAUCUUAAACCACAAACAACAUGGUUUUCAUUUCCAAAACCAUGGCACAACCACAGAAAAAGCAAGCUAUUUUUUCAAUCAUGUAGACUUGGGUGUAAUUGAACUUCAAGCUUUAAAAAACAAAAAAAAAAGUUCCAAUGGUGGAGAUGAUUUGGGCAAAAAAUUAAGAAGAAGGAAGUAAUGUAUGAAUGAUUGAAUGAAAGAAUGAAUGAGUAGUUAAACUCACACUUAAUGUGUUUUGCACAUUUGAUAUAUCUUUGCAUUGGAUCUUCUACGAAUACUCCUCAAAACAGGUGAAUAAUUGGGGUGGUGUUGAAUAGUUAGACUUUGCACCCCUGAUCCCAGCUAUUUUUCUAUAUUGCCUUCUUAUGUGUGCAAGACACAUCCAUAUUUGUAAAGCCAUCCCAGUCUCUAGCUCUAGAUUGACAGAUGCACAUGUUGUCCACAGUGUAUGUUGUACUGCGUUUGAAGUAUUUGUACCUUUUUGGUGUCUUUUGAUGUUAGCAAUGUCAAGUCAAUUAACCAAUUUAAAUAGGGUUGUUCCUCACGCUGCAUGUGGUCUUGCAUGAGCAAAAAUGUAAAACGGAAAGAUGCAUAGACGUUGCUCUUAUUGUUUGUGUCACAAGACUCGCUGCAUUGUAUAACUGUCCCCAGCCAUAGUGCCUUACAGGUUAUUAAUGUUACUACUUAUACUGUAUAUGACUAUAUACAUGAAUAUUAAUGUAAUGGACUGCAGCACUUGAAAUUCCAAUCAGUCGAUGCAUCCUAUGUGUGAGUAUAUAUAUGCACAUGUGUAUAUGUCCAUGCAUAGCCUGCAUGGAUGUGAUGUAUCGCGGAUAGCGGUGCUUAUUUUUUGGAGUCAGUGUAUAUUUCAGUGUUAGUGAGUUACUUUUCUGUUCUUUCGAGAAGAACAGCAUGCUUUGCUGUUGCGAAUGCUUGCUGUUUCAUUACAAAUGUCUGUUUUUGUUUUUGUUUUCCUUUUCCCGAAUGAACUAGUGUACAAAGUGCAAGUACUGAGUAUUGCUUAAUAUUUGAUAAUCACUUUCUAUUUAGUGAAACUCUUAUUACUAACAGUAUUUGUACUGUUUGAUGAAACUGCAAUACAAUCUAAAUAGUCAGUUUUCUUUUCGUCUUUGUAUUUUCGUUUUGAGUGUUUUCACUUUGUUUCUUAGAUGUUUAGAAGUGUGGUGGGCAUGGCUUUGAUUAGGUAAGGAAAAAUGCAAAUUAAUUCAUGGUAUGGAAACUUCUAAGCCUGAGCAAACCAUGCAGUAUUUGAUAUACACACAUAUAUGAACAUAUAUUAUAGAGCUAGACUAUUUAGUACUGAUGCUUGAUAAGGUGUGAGUUAACUGUGUGCAAUUCUCUCAUUUAUGCAUGUGUGACAAAGUUAACUUUUUUCCCUUUACAUUAUACCAUUUGUUAAAAGCUUAAGGCUUAUUGGUGUCAACUGCUUAUUUUAUACAUUCCGUCAGGGAGGAUAUAUACAUAAAUACACAUACACACACAUAUAUAUCACCAAUCUAUAUACAGUCACUCCAUAAAGUAUUCACACUCAUUUGCUUUUUGAACACUUUAUGUUGUAGAUGAUUUUUAAAGAGGUUAAAAUUGUUGCUAAUUUAUUAAAAAAAUCAAAAACUGAAACAAAGUUAAUAAAGUAUUCGCACCCUUAAUUAAGUAUUUUACAGUCACUACAAGUAACACCUGGAUUUGGGCAGUUAAUUCCAUUCUUCCAGGCAGAUCCUCUCUAGCUAUGUAUGUGAGACCGGAAGGGAAACAUCUCUGAACGACCAUCUUCAGGUCUCUCCACAGGUGAUUUAUAGGUUUUAUGUCUGGACUUUAGCCGGGCUACUCAAGGACAGUUUGACAGACUUGUCCUGAAGCUGCUAAAGCGUUGCAUAGAACUCUGCAACACACUAAAGUGUUCCAAAAAUGAAGGGAUCUGAAUAUUUUCUGAAGCCACUGUAUAUGUAGAAAUGCUGUGUGUGUGUGUGUGUGUGUCUGUUUUUUUCUGUUUAUUUUCUAGUUAUGUGUGUUUUAUUUUUUUUAAUGAAGUUGCUUGUGCAGCACCAAAGACUAAGUCAUUUCAUGAGCAAGGUAGCAAUUCUGUUGGCAUAGUCCUCAGUUAUACUGUAGAUGUAGAAUGGGGUUGCGUUAAAACACAGAAAAAGUAUUUAAAAACAGCUGAGGUUUUGUCUAGCUUAUUGGGCAAUUAAUAUGUCGUAUCAUUUCUUUCUUGAAUGUAUCAUAGAUAAGCUGCUAUAUGAUGAUUGCCACUUCAGUAGCUGUGAAAUUAUGUGGUCUCUCUGAGUUUAACCCUAGCAUUGCUCUUUUUGUAUAGGUCCCUAAUUAUCUGAAAUAGAAGUGGUUUUGAUUUUUGUGUUUUGUGUUCAUAUUUGGAGUGUCAUUGUAACUGCUGUAUUGCUGAUGAUGAACAUUAGUUGCAUUUGUUGUUUCUCGGGGUGUGUUUUUGCAUCAGUAUUUUAUCCUUAUUAACCGUUUGGGCUCAUCACUGCAUAUAAAUGAUGUAUCAAUGUAACUUAAUUUUUUAUGUUUCCAUAUUGAUGUUUUGUACACAUCUGAAGCUGUAGCUUGCAGGAUUGAUUUAACUUUUUCAAUGUACGUAUAUAUGUUAUACCAGUACUCUUAGUGUGUUACAGGAGCACUGUGAGAUCCCAGAAGAAAAAAAAAACCCAUUGUGUUCAUUGAAAAGCUUCUGUAAAGUUUCCACCCAUCGCCCCCAAACACACUCACCACUAAGCACUCCCACAGGUAAUUAGGCUUGUAAGGGUUUGCGUGAUUAGACUGUGUCCAACAAUUUAGCCCAGUGUUUUUGUUCCAGAAUGUUUUACCGUUAAAUUGAUUUGAACAACUAUUUAUUGCAACCUUUUUAUCUGUUCAAUGUUAUAUCUGGCUAGAAUAUGAGUUUAACAGUUUGUUAUUCUAAACUGCCUUGUGUUCGGAUCGCUCUCCCCUUUAUGAGUGUCUCAUAUCAAAAUGAUGUUGUGUCAAUGCAAGACUGUGGCCAUUGUUGUGUGUUCCUUACUGAAAUUGAGACAGUGUUAGCUGCACUGUGCAUGUGCCUUGCGAUUCAGAAAGUGAGAAUUCAAGAUGGUGAUUCCUAGGAAGGCAUAGAAUCCAAUAAUACUCCAUUACCACGUAGACAGUCUGUUAACAGCCACUCAACUAGGAGGGAAAAAAGAACACACAAAAUAGGACGUCAUCAGUGUCAUUCCAAGGACUGGCACUCCUCUGAUCAGCUUGUAGACACGACAGAGGACGUGUACACGGUGUUGGUUCUCUUGUUUCAGAUAGCCACCACCAAAGCCUCUCUGUGAUAACACGCCAAUAAAAUACACACCCACACGUGCACCUACUCUUUGAAUGAUAUGACACUCGACGAUCUUUGGAUAGUCACUCUGGCUGAACAGCAGAUGCAAUACUUUACAUUGUGCAGUCAUUGCACCACCAAGUGUUCUUAGAUAAUCUCCAUGCUUUACAUGACCUUGCAUGUACACCGAAGAGGCUUCACUUUGUCUGCCUAUAAGUUGUCUGCCCAGAGCAGCUUUUCCAUCACACAGGUUAAAACUGAGCGGGAGUAACCAGAGCACAGCUGACAACACUGGCCUUUUAAAAUCAGAGGAGCCAUGUUUUAUAUACGGGAAUAGGCUAUGUGGAUGCUUAUUCCACUUUCUGGCUGAAAACUGCUCUUUAAAGGAGAUAAUUGUGGUUUAUUUGCACAGUCAUUCAUGAGUGCAAUACUCCACAUUUAAACACAGACACUGAUAUGCUUGUGUGUUUUUUGACAACUUUUUUUUAUUGUGUGCUUUACUAGUCACACUUAAGUAUCAAUUUGAGGAAAAUAAAUCUUAAGACGCCUAGGCAUGAACUUCGCAGAUUAGUGCUUGAAAUAGAGCCCCAGUAAUAAGCAUGUGAAAUGUACUGUGUUUUGAUUCCUCCAAAGGUAUUCACCAGCAAUGCGCCUGCAUAAACUCUCCCAUACUUGUUAAGGAAAGGAAUGGAUGCAAGAGGAGAGAAACCUUAAAACAUUUUUAAUUUUCCACAUAAUUGACACCUUGGUUUAUAGAAAACCUUUUUGUUAUGUAACAUUUAACAGAUAAAAGUAAUUUGUAGAUAUACUACUAUUCAACUUAAGACUGAUAUCAGACAAAAAAAAAUCAUCUGCUGCGGUAUUAUCCUUUCGAGAUGCUAAUUCAGGGUCUGUAUUAAUCUAAGUGUGCUACUGUUUGAUUUGCUAAGGUUUGAUUUACCCAAGCUCUUGUUUUCUGGUCAUCUGUAUCAUGUUCAAAGUUAAUUCACACUGCAAGUUAUGGAAUCAUCUGUUUAGAUUGCUCAUCAAAUAGACUUGAUUAUGAAAUCUGAACUGUUACUGUUUUAAUACCUGUAGAUCUUUUUGUGGCUUUGAUUCUUCAGUUUUGUUAAUUUGCUUUUUUUUUCUAUUUUGUGCUACACUAGUUUGCCAUGUAGCAAUUGCACUGUGCAAUAUUUACAGUAUGAGGACUGGGAAAACUAACUCUAUGGAUGUGAUGUCUUUAAAGUUUGCGAUAGUGUUUCCUCUCUAGUUCUCAGUGAUUUAGGUGUGACCAAGCCUUCUCUACUUUGUCACAUUAAGCGGGUUUUCCAGGUGACUCUUUUGGUGAGUGUCAAAUUAAGACUUUAUUGUGCAUUGUUGUUAAGAUUCACUUUGAAUUUAAAAAAAUUAUUGAUUCAGCUCUUUCUGACUGAAACCCCUCAAAAUAGACUGUCAUAGUACACAACGUAUACAAAACAGUGGAAUCCUUGGCAGUUUUGCUUUAAAAUAUAUAAUGAAAAUUGUCAGACUGUCAAAUUACUAACUGAGGAGUCAUUUCAGUGUUACACUAUAGAGAGAAUGGUGAACAGAAAUCAGUUUAUCACUAAAAUGUUGCAAGUCAGAAUAUCACCACUAGGGAGCAGUAUUGCUCAUCAUGUAUUCCUUGUACUCACAGCAUAUGAUCAUGUGCAAUUUUGUGAUACUGAUGACUUAGACAGAUUAAAGGGAAAUAAAGAUUUAAAUAUUACUUUUUUCAGUCUGACAAAGAGAAGCGGUAGAAGAAAUUAUAUAAAGGACUGUUACGUUCUUUAUGAUUACAACUGUGGACCUCAAAAUCAUCUAUCUUUUUUAGCAGAGGGGUGUAGUUGAAGCAUAGUAAUUCAUUUGUUUAAUUUGGUGCUCAUUAAUGGAAUUAUUUUCUACAUGUUAUUAAGUAAAAGCUUGUUCUAUUGCUCAGUGUUCCUAUAAUGAUCCCCUUCAGAUAUUUUAAAUGCAUUUCAGAGCAGACGUGACCUGUAAAGCUUGAGGUCACUGCUGCUGUU